AUGAUUUCAUCUUUAGCUUUUAAUGCUCUCGUUUCUUCCUCUUUAAGCAUUGCAACCACCACCACUCACAACUCCAAAAAUAAGCAGUAUCUGGCCAAGCAAAAGCCAGUUGAAGUCACCCUUGGUUAUCAGAAUCCAAAUGGAUGCAAGGUCUGCAGUUUUGGAUCAAAAGGAUCAAUAUAUGAAAAGGUGAGUUCAGGUUUCAAGGGUGUAUCCAUUAUGACAGAUGAUAAGUCAACAAUGCCAUCUGUUGAAGAAGACUUUGAAAACAUAGGCAUCUUGAAUGUUGAUUCAUCCCUAGAACCAUUCAAAGAUCACUUCAAAUAUAGACUGAAGAGAUAUCUAGACCAGAAAAAGCUCAUUGAAGAAUAUGAAGGAGGUCUUCAGGAGUUUGCCAAAGGUUACUUGAAAUUCGGAUUUAACAGAGAAGAAGAUGGCAUUUUGUACCGUGAGUGGGCACCUGCUGCUCAGGAAGCACAGAUUAUUGGGGAUUUUAAUGGGUGGAAUGGUUCCAACCAUCAGAUGGAAAAAGAUCAGUUUGGCGUAUGGAGCAUUAAGAUCCCAGAUGCCGAUGGAAAUCCAGCUAUACCUCACAAUUCAAGAGUGAAGUUUAGGUUCAAACAUAGUGAUGGAGUUUGGGUUGACCGUAUCCCUGCUUGGAUUAAAUAUGCCACUGUCGAUCCUACCAGAUUUGCUGCUCCUUACGAUGGUGUCUACUGGGAUCCACCACUUUCAGAGAGGUAUCAGUUUAAACAUCCCCGUCCACCAAAGCCCAAAGCUCCACGGAUAUAUGAAGCUCAUGUGGGAAUGAGUAGCUCUGAGCCCCGCAUAAACUCUUACAGAGAAUUUGCAGAUGAUAUUUUGCCACGUAUUCGGGAAAAUAACUAUAAUACAGUCCAGCUGAUGGCUGUGAUGGAGCAUUCGUAUUAUGCGUCAUUUGGAUAUCAUGUAACAAACUUUUUUGCUGUGAGCAGUAGAUCUGGAAGCCCUGAAGAUCUUAAGUAUCUGAUAGAUAAGGCCCAUAGCCUAGGUUUGAAUGUUUUGAUGGAUGUCAUCCAUAGUCAUGCUAGCAAUAAUGUUACCGAUGGACUCAACGGCUUUGAUGUGGGUCAAAGUUCACAACAAUCUUACUUCCACACUGGAGAUAGAGGUUAUCACAAGCUAUGGGAUAGUAGACUUUUUAACUAUGCCAACUGGGAAGUUCUUCGGUUCCUUUUAUCGAAUUUAAGGUGGUGGCUUGAAGAGUACAAAUUUGAUGGAUUUCGAUUUGAUGGAGUAACAUCAAUGUUGUAUCAUCACCAUGGAAUCAAUAUGGCAUUUACAGGGGAUUAUAAUGAAUAUUUUAGUGAAGAAACAGAUGUGGAUGCCGUUGUCUAUUUGAUGCUGGCCAACUCUCUGGUCCAUGAUCUUUUGCCUAAUGCAACUGUCAUUGCUGAAGAUGUUUCGGGAAUGCCUGGACUCGGCAGACCAGUUUCUGAGGUGGGAAUUGGUUUUGACUAUCGACUAGCCAUGGCUAUCCCCGACAAGUGGAUUGACUACUUGAAGAACAAGAAAGACAGUGAAUGGUCAAUGAAGGAAAUCUCUUUGAAUUUGACAAAUAGAAGAUACAGUGAAAAAUGUGUCUCUUAUGCUGAAAGUCAUGACCAAUCCAUUGUUGGGGACAAGACCAUUGCAUUUUUACUAAUGGAUGAAGAAAUGUAUUCUAGCAUGUCUUGUUUGACUGCUGCUUCUCCUACUAUUGAGCGAGGGAUUUCUCUUCACAAGAUGAUACACUUCAUAACCCUGGCAUUAGGUGGAGAGGGCUACCUUAAUUUCAUGGGCAAUGAGUUUGGCCAUCCGGAGUGGAUUGAUUUUCCUAGAGAAGGCAAUGGAUGGAGUUAUGAGAAAUGCAGGCGUCAGUGGAAUCUGGUGGACACAAAUCACUUGAGAUACAAGUUCAUGAAUGAAUUUGACAGAGCAAUGAACUUGCUCGAUGAUAAAUUCUCUAUCCUUGCAUCAACAAAACAGAUUGUGAGCAGCACAAACAAUGAAGACAAGGUUAUAGUCUUUGAACGUGGGGAUCUGGUGUUUGUGUUCAAUUUUCAUCCAGAGAAUACAUAUGAAGGAUAUAAAGUUGGGUGUGACUUGCCUGGGAAAUAUCGAGUUGCGCUGGAUAGUGAUGCUAGGGAAUUUGGAGGACAUGGAAGAGUGGGGCAUGAUGCAGAUCACUUCACAUCCCCAGAAGGAAUACCAGGGGUUCCUGAAACAAAUUUCAACAAUCGUCCCAAUUCCUUCAAGGUCUUAUCCCCGCCUCGUACAUGUGUGGUAUAUUAUAGAGUGGAUGAAAGACAAGAAGAAAGCAACAAUCCCAAUUUGAGCAAGGUAGAAGAGACCUUUGCUGCAGUCGAUACUGAUGUUGCAAAAAUUCAUGAUGUUUCUAUGGAGAGUGAAAAUAGCAAUUUGGAUCGAAAAGAAGAUAACUCAGAGGAUGCAGUUGAUGCCGAAAUUCUUAAGGUUGAAAGUGAAGUUGUUGGAGACAAACAAGAAGAUGCAGAUAACUGA